AUGUGCAUGCCCAGUGCGGUCAACAUUGAGAGACCUUCCAAUGGCAAACCAUUUGAGGCUGCUGAUUGUGGACAACGUCCAUGGCUGGAUGGAGGACUCCCAAUCAACGACUGGGGCCACCUGCCAUUUGAGUUUUUGGAUGGACUGAGACAGGCUAUGGAAAGAGACCCUGAAAAUUGCGUUGCCGAUGGCACGGUCAAAGCCAUGCGACUCGUCAACAGGCACUGGCGGCGAUGGGCCUCUGAGUCCAUCUCCUUCUUGGGCCCCUGGGGAGAUCUGCCUGUUCAGGAAUUGGCACACAGCAUCGCAACAAGUUUUACUUCGGUGCGAGAACUGAGCCUGGUGCAUUAUUCUGGAUCGCUGAAAGGCCAGAUGGCGCCAUUGGGAGCCCUAUCACAACUCACCCAUCUGGAUAUGAGUACCCUUGUACUCACUGACAAGGACCUGCUGCAUGUCGGUCGUUUGACAGGUUUGACCCAACUGGUUGUUACUGGCACACGAUACAUGAGCCACACAGAAGUCACGGGCGAGGGGUGGAGAUACCUGGGGGAGUUGAACGCUUUGAGGCGACUGUCUGUGCCAAGAAUUUGCGAUCGGGGCCUGAGACACCUGGGCUGGCUGACAGGUCUGGAGUACUUGCACAUUGGGGCCCUCUGUCCAGGUGUGAGCUUUAAGGGUUGGGAAAACCUCACCCGGCUCAGUCAUCUUGACGUGUCGAUGAACGAACGGAGAAGAUGGGAAAAGGUUGUUGUGCCUAUUACUGCAGAUGCGAUGCGAAGCUUGGGGAACAUGAUGGCACUUGAACACCUGUCUUUCAGCAGGUAUGCGAUAGAUGAUAGGGGGUUGAGGUGUUUGGGGAGGCAGGUGACUGCCCUGGUGUUGGAUCAGUGUGAUUUUGUGACAGAUGCUGGAUUGGAGCGCGUUGGAAAUGUCACGGGCCUUCGGUCCUUGAGCCUGAGUGGGUGUCACCACGUCACGGAUGUGGGCCUGGGGCAUAUUGGGAAAUGUGUGAGCCUCUGCAGAUUAGAAUUGCGCAAUCUUUUGAACUUCGACAUAACUGACAGGGGCUUGGCUCAAGUGGAGAAUUUGACUGCACUGACGUCUUUGACACUGGGUAGUUUUUACAGAGUCUCUUCCGAAGCACAAUCUAAGCUUAGGUUGUCUCUCCCUUUGUUGUGA